UCCAUUCUGACUCGUCUGUGUCUGUCAAUGUGGUGAAUAUUUCUGCCUCCUGCCUUCUCCGUGUCACAUUCCAGCUUCCAGGGCACAGCGUCCUCCUGACAUGGGUUAUAAAGAGAAGCACAGCUCCAGUAUGCAUCCGCAUAUGGCGUUAUUAUCACCUUUUACCUCCAGUGACUUUUUUGAACUGUUUUGAAUAGGCAAACAGACUCUCUAGGAGAAUUUACCUUUCCUUUUUCUUCCUUCCUUCUUUGAGUUUUUUUUUCCUACUUGAAUGCAAUCUCACUUACACAGAAAGCUCACUUAUAAACAGUGGAAUACUCAAGUAAAACAGUGUUUUACGGCUUCAGCUCAGAUGUGUGUGCAUGGACAAGAAAAAGGACAGAAUACAUUGGUGUGAGAUCGCAUAGAUGGACCACAAUGUAUCAACACACUCCAGUACCACACAAUAAGUGACCCAGAGAGCAUCUGUGGAUGAAAUGGUUACUCAAUGAAAGGCAAGCCACUACUGAGGAGAUGUCUUUAGUAAGCAAUGCACUGGCUGCUUACUCCUUCAUAGCAGAUCACCCGGAACGGGCGGCACUGUAUUUUGUGUGUGGAGUGUGUUUGGGACUGGUUCUCACUCUCAUCGCGUUAGUGGUGCAGAUCUCCUGUCGAACCGACUGCAAAACGCAACAAGCGCCCAAGAAAACAGGCAAGACUGCGGAGAGCACCAGCGACACGAGCGACAGCGACUCGGACUGGGACAAUAACUCCGACCUGUCGGCACGCCGCCACCGGCGCUUUGAACGGACGCUCGGUAACGUGUUCACCUCCGCGGAGGAGCUGGAGCGCGCGCAGCGAUUAGAGGAACGCGAGCGGAUUAUCCGGGAGAUCUGGAUGAACGGACAGCCGGACAUGCCGGCCACGCGCAGCCUCAACCGCUACUAUUAAAGUCUCUGAAGCAACGAGGGUUGAGGAAAUAUUAUACAGUAGCUAUUAAACAUUUUUGUGAUACAAUAAGGGACUUAAAUAUGGGAAAAGCUAUCAUGCUUAAAAUACGUUUUGGGACAUCUCUUCUGGUGGCACUGGCACUACUAGUGAAGCAUUUGUGUUUUUGAAGGUGCACUCAGUACAUUUUUUGUUUAUGUUGCGCUGAUAGUCGUUUUGUACUUAUACUGAUGACACCUAUACUGACACCUCGUGGCAUGGAUGAAAAAGCAACCUUUUUAGUUAGGGGUAAAUGUAUGUACAUUGAGACGCUUUUUGCCAUUGCAAUGUCCUA